AAAAAGAUAUUAAUUUUAAUUCCCUUCCCUUCAUAUUUCAGAUUAUUUUUUUCUUUCUCCUCCUAUUCAUAUACAAAACUGCGUCUAAUUGAAUUCCAUAUUCCUCAAUACUUUUCUUCAUCUACUUUCUUUAAAAUUAUCCAAAAAAUCCCAACAAUCAUGUCAUCCCAGAUUUCCGAGGCUGAUCAAGAACUCCUCCGCCACAAACUCGACAUUUUCAAGAUCCGCGGCAAAGAUAAGCAAGGUCACAAGAUUCUUCGUAUUAUCGGAAAAUUCUUCCCUGCUCGGUUAUUGAUCGUUGAGGUUGUGAAGAAGUAUUUGGAAGAGCAUAUAUUUCCAAGGCUAGGAAAGAGGAGGUUUUCGGUGUUGUACGUGCACACCGGGGUUCAAAGGAGCGACAACUUCCCUGGAAUCUCAGGGCUACGGUGGAUCUACGAGGCCAUCCCUGUCAACGUUAGGGAUAAUCUCCAAACCGUAUACUUCCUGCACCCUGGCCUCCAGGCCCGUCUCUUCCUCGCCACCUUUGGCCGCUUUCUCUUCAGCGGAGGGUUGUACGGGAAACUGAGAUACGUGAGCAGGGUGGACUAUCUAUGGGAGCACGUGAAGAGGAAGGAGGUUGAGAUCCCAGAGUUUGUGUAUAAUCAUGAUGAAGAUUUGGAGUACCGUCCGAUGAUGGACUACGGAUUGGAGAGUGAUCACCCUAGGGUUUCCCUUUCUCCUUCUGUCUCCAGCUACUCUAUGAGGUGCAUCUCAUAGCUAAUAACGUAAUAUAUCAUCUUAUAGACCUGUACUACUGCUGCUGCUGCUGCUGUUUCUCUUAUUUUCCUGUAAGGUUGAGAUUGAUUUGUAAAUAUAUACUAGCAUUGAGAAAGCAGGCAGCGUUGAAAGUCUGUUUUAAAUUUAAUCAUAGUUUAACUUGCUGUUAAUAUAAUAAUCUUCCCCUGCGUUUUCACAUGUAUUUGAAUACCAUUAAUCUAACAAUGUUAAAUUGAGAAGAAA